AACUACCAUUUUUCGUUGUGUUUUGCGCCGAAUCGGAUGGCAGUGCCUCGGUCCUCAGUCGUUUCAGAAUUUCUGGGAAGGUGCAGUACUUCCGUAAAUAUGAGACUGAAGUGGCUAAACUUCACAAAGCACUCCCACCUGGGGUUGGGUUGCCCAGUGGCAGUUUGCGUUUAUUGCUGAGAAUCGAUAUCCAUGAUUGCGCAGUUCGAUAUUAAGAUUCUUAACGACGACACAUGCGCAAUUUUUGGCACCGCCACACCACAGCACGCGUUCAACUUGGCUUAUCUUCGGUGAGACACCCGGCAGAGUUCUUGGGCAGUCCAACCGUUGGUCUUUGUUAUGAAUGUGUUUUCCCACCAGGAUCCUCUACUUUAGCAGAGGCGGGAUCCUGCCUGCAGCUCCAACAGCAUAAGGCAGACGAUAGUUAUGCAUAUAUGGUAGCAUCGUUACGAGUAAGAUAUCUGGAUCUACCGUACAGGGCUCAGGACUUUGCACUCAGCAACCUGACUAUGGAAUAUCGCUUAGAUUCAUUACGUAGCGCCGAGCACGGACGCAGAGCAAAACUGCAGUGUCCAGCUUCGGGGACUUUGGUGUAUUCUCUGGUCGAUCAUCUCUUUUUUCUAAACUUCCAGCUGGGGAAUAAACACGUGGAACAUGAAGAGGGCUGGAGGGCUGAUCGAUCACUGCGCCAGAAUCUUUACCGGGCUCCCAUGGAUACAUAUGACCGACUAACCACCCAAUUUAGCAAAUUAAUAAUACCAUAUGACACGCGGUAAGUGGCCCAUAUGUGCGCUAGAUAUAAAUAAGCCUCCUCUCCAUUCUCUUCAGGCCUUUUUCAAGUGACUGGCCCGACCGUAGCCACGCACGAUGCAA